CUGAUUUUACAACCCUGUAAACAUGAAUUUUAAUAUGAAUCUUCUUAUAAAUUUUAAUAAGUAACUGAAAGUACCACAAACUUAUUAACAUAAUAAACUAUGACAAUAAGUUUAUAGAACUAUAAUUAACAAUAAAAAUUAAGACUAUUGUUACUUCCAAAUAUAUGACAUUAAAUCAUUUAUUUUUAUAUAAAUUUAAGUAUGUAUAAACCUAAAAAGCGCUAACAAUCAUGUCAAAUUCUAGUCUAAAUCACUAUUAUAUGCACAAGAUAAUUUAUGUAUCAAAAUACCGAAAAUAGUAAGUAGUUUCCUUGACUUCCAGCCUUCCACAUCUAAAAUUAUUUUUAAAUGUUUUUUGUUGUUGCCUUGUUCUCCACUCUUGUUGUAAGUGCUUUUUAACUUGCCUUGAGAUGUUUUUCAAUUAAAUAAUUGUGUGUUUUUUUCUUUCUUUUAAUUGGGUGUCGGAGCUGAAACACGGAUUUUAGAAGAUGACUGCUCUGUUGCACCCCUUUUGAAAAGGUGUUCAAAAGAAAAAAUAAAAUAAAAGAAGAUGUCCUGCUCUAGGCACACCUUCCUCGAACUUGCCUUCUUUACCCCCUAUAUAUAUUGAUUAAACGAACUUUUAAAAUUAUACAGUUUUCUUUUACUUCUCGACGGUUAACAGCCAAUGUACAGAAUCUCCGAAGAUCUUGAGUCUGGUCUCGGCGGCUACCAUGUUUCCACAGCUCAUGAUGCUGCACCCGAAGACAUUGAAAUCGUUAUCGGUGCAUCUGCAGAUAACUUGGAAUCCGGUACUAAUGUUCAAGAUGGCGACUCCGGAGCUCAUGAUCGCCGGAGCUCGUGGUUGUGUACGUCGUUGAUGUCAUGGAGGAGCAGACCAAAUGAUGAUGCAUCCGUACGUGAUCAUCCAGAAACAGAACCAGCAAACGCUACUGGCGGGUUUGUGAUUGAACUGGACAAAGUUGUCCAAGUGGUUCGGGAUCGUGACCUUCAAGCUCUGAAUCAAUACAAUGGGGUUGGAGGGUUGUCAACUCUGCUGAAGACUGACCUUGAAAGGGGCAUUGAUCGGCGCGAUGAUGAGAUACUGCAACGUAGGCAGGCUUUUGGGUCAAACACAUACCCUUGUAAAAAGGGAAAGACUUUCUGGAGCUUUGUCUGGAAAGCUUGCCAGUUUCCUCUUUCCCUGGUUAUGAUCAUUGCCGUUGUAAUCAAUUCAAUCCUCCUCCGAAUAAAAAGAAAGGCUAUCCACGAUGGAUUGUAUGUCGAAACUUGCGCCAUUUCAGCCACUGUCCUUGACAUCAUUUUGAGAGCUUUCAUCGAGUACAAACACUCUCGUCAGUCUGAAAAGGCUAGUGAGGAGAAGAGAAACGUACCACAAGACGUUAUUAGAGGUGGAAGAAGACUCUCGGUUUGUACUAAUGAUAUUGUUGUCGGCGAUAUUGUACCCCUCAAGAAUGGUUGUCAGGUACCUGCAGAUGGUGUCCUGUUUGUUGCAAACUCAUUGAAGAUUGACGAGCAAGAAAUAACUGGCUCACACUUGAUUGUUCAAAAAGAUAUUCUAAAGGAUCCAUUUCUAUUAUCUGGUUCAAAAGUGAUAGAGGGGAUAGGUACAAUGCUGGUUACAAGUGUUGGAACAAACACUGAAUGGGGGAAAAAGAUUGAGACACAACCUGAGAUGGAUGAAGAAAAGCCCUUUCAGUUAUACGUUAAACGGCUUGCUAUUUCUGCUAGUUGGUUAGUCAUUAUGCUCGCUUCAAUUGCCUGUAUUGUUCAGUUAUGCCGAUACUUUAAUGGCCGGACCAAAAAUUCAGAUGGAACUCCAAUGUAUAUUCCCGGAAAUACCACUCUGGAUGAAGCAAUAGAAUUUGUGAUAAAAUCCCUGAGUUUUGGGAUGGGGACAAUAAUAGUGGCAGUGCCUGUUGGACUUUUUAUAGCUGUUCUCUUGAACCUUGCAAAUACAACGAGGAAAAUGAUGACAGACAACGCUUUGGUUCAGACACUAUCUGCAUGUGAAACAAUGGGAUAUGUUACAACCAUAUUGUGUCACAAAACUGGAAUUUUAACCUUGAAUAAGAUGUCGGUGGUUGAUGUCUGGGCUGGAGGGAUAAGAGUGCAACAUGUGGAAGAUGUUUCACAUUUUCCCUCGAUUCCUACAAAACUAAUAAUAGAAGGCAUUGCCCAAAACACAAAUGGCAGUGUUGUUUUUGAAACGGGAGUCACUGAACCAGAGGUGUAUGGAUCACCAACAGAACAAGCCAUUCUUAACUGGGGGAAUAAGUUGGGAAUGAAGUUUGAUGAGGCUAGAUCAGGAUCACCAGUCCUUCAUGUUAUACCUUUCAAUCCAAAAAAUAAAUAUGGAGGCGUGGCAUUACAGGUUGGUACAGGACACCACAUUCAUUGGAAAGGAUCUGCAAAGGUUAUCCUUAACUCAUGUCAAUGGUAUAUGGAUGGGGCCAACAACCGCAUAGCUAUUGGUGGACAGAGACGGGAGAUGGAAGGAAUAAUUGGAGACAUGAGUAUGAGAGGAAUGCGUUGUGCUGCACUUGCUUAUCAAUCCUAUGAGCUGGGAAGUCUUCCAACAACUGAUGAGGAACUUUGUACACUACCUCAGGACCUUGUUUUAUUGGCUAUUAUUGGUAUGAAGGAUCCUUGCCGGCCAGGCACAAGGGAUGCGGUCGAGCUGUGCAAAUACGGAGGUAUCAAGGUUUGCAUGGUAACGGAGGAUGAAGUUUCGACUGCACAAGCAAUGGCAAUGGAAUGUGGCAUACUGAGGGAUACAUCUGGCGAGCAUAUAAGGACAGCGGCUCAGUUUUGUGAUCUUACUGAUCUAGAAAGAGAGCAGAUCUCCGGAGACAUCUUAGUUUUGGCUCAAGCCUCUCCCGAGGACAGUCUUCUGUUUGUCAAAGCGCUGAAGAGAAAAGGGUAUGUAGUUGCAGCCACUGGGAUGGGAAUACAUGAUACGAAGACACUACACGUGGCGGAUGUUAGCCUUGCAAUGGGAAUCGGAGGGACCGCAGCAGCCAAAGAGAACUCUGAUAUUAUUAUACUGGAUGACAGUUUUGCUUCGAUUGUCAAGGUUAUCCAAUGGUGUCGAUAUCUAUACACAAAUAUCCAGAGAUAUGUAUUAUUCCGGCUCACUGUGAGUGUUUCAGCCGUGGCUAUAUGCGUGGUUGAGGUUGUGUUUUAUAAUGCAUUUCCACUUAAUGCCGUGCAGCUUUUGUUGCUUAAUCUUAUUGUUGACAUCUUUGGGGCACUAGCGUUGGCUUACAGACCGUCAGCUCGCAAGCUAAUGGGAAAGCCACCAGUGGGUAUAAGAGACCAUCUUGUAACCAAGACGAUGUGGUUUAAAAUAGUGAUACAGGUGAUUUACCUAGUGCUGUUGCUGGCGCUCAUACACUCUGAUAGUAUACUGAAGCUGGAUCAUGGUCAGACCGCUGAUACUGAAAAAGUGAAGAACACAUUUAUUUUCAAUUCUUUGGUCUUCUGCCUGGUUUUUAACGAGUUUGAAAUCCGAAGUGGAGACCAGACCUUGAAAGAAAUCCUCAGGGACAAUAUGUUUAUUGUUACUAUAACCUCUACUAUUAUAUUUCAGAUAAUCUUGAUAGAGUUCCUUGGGAUAUUCAUUUAUGCGGUUAGGCUUGACUUGAAAAAAUGGCUCAUCUCCAUCCUUGUGGGAUUUCUCAGCCAGGUCGCCACUCGCUUUCCUUUGGAAGCUUAUCAAUACUACCGCCACUGAUUACCUUUGGCGGUAAAGUUUUUUGAAGCAUCGUCAAUAAGCACUUGGCGCUUUGCAGGUCCCGUUGUUCUCUGAGUGAAUAAGUGUACAUUUUGACUAUUUUUUCUACAAGAUUCUUAUGUAUUUAUUAAACGUUUGUCAUCAUUAAAUUAAUUUAUAUAGCACAUUUUAUUAUU